GUGCGCCUCUACUUCGUUCCUGAGUCUCCCGUGGAACGAAAGUGUAAAGGACAUUCCAACUGGUACGCAAAGAGCGCCUGUACACUCUUGUUCCAUGCUGCUGAAUACCCUCCACAACUUGUCUCCACUCUGGCUGAAGGAUACGACAGAAUUUUUGAAAUCACCAGAAGGCUCUUCGUGCGUGAGACGCACAAAGAUAAGGUCUGCAAAGGCUACGACACCUUGCCGUUCCUUCGGAAAGUCUGUGAGACAGGAUUUGAUGUGGCGUCAAAGGCAAACGAAAUCCUAGAAAACGCCCAAGAGUUCCUCAGUAAAUGUAUUGCACAGCCAGCCUUGGACUUUACCCAGAAGGCCAUCACAUCUAUGACAGACUGUGUAUGGAAAGUUAAAGAGGGGUUUGCAAGAGCCUGCCACAAUGGGAUGCACCUGGGAAAUAAAAUUACAACUUACCUGUAUCAGGGCUUGGACGUCGAAGCGACUAAAGCACUUCUUUAUUCUGUGUUGAAGAAGGCUGCGUACAAAGUCCAUGACGUCUACGUACGUCUUCCCCGCUUCAAUGGUGAUCCCAUACAUGAUGGGCUGGUGGUUGUAGCCUGGGUGGUGUGUGCCAUAGCCCAGGGUUUGGUGGUCUACUGGGCCAGGAGGAAGAUCAGUCUAGAUAACAACGUAAGAAAGGCCCGUCAAAUGCGACUUCGUUUCUCCCAUCCCAUCUCAUCAGAAGAUUACUAUGACAGGAUUACGAGACUUAUUAGAGAGCAGGAGGAGGAGGAAGAUGCAGAAGGCGGAGGUGCAGAAUUACCCGAUGAAACCGAGAGCCUUCAAAAUGAAAAUGUCACCUCUGCUGUCACUGACAACGAUGACAAGGACGGGGCCAACCCAGUCGAUGACCUAGGCAACGAUUCCGGCGUGUGGGCAGACAUGUCUUUAGGACGGAUCGAGGAGGAGGAGGAGGAGGAGGAGGUGGCACCAACGGUAUCAUCGCCCUCUUUGGCCCAAGAAGAGCCAAAGGAAGUGAAAGAGGCGCAGAUUCACCUACCUCCAGAACCAGAGGAUAACGCACAACUGCUGGACCUGAAAGAUGAAUCCGCCCUGGAGAGCGUAGAGGUGCAGCCUGACGACACGCAUGAUGAAGAACAAAACACUUCAGGGACAACUGAUGGAGAGGAGCUAGAAAGCUCCACUGACGCACCAAAGGACAGCGCAGGAGAGAUGCAAAAGUUAGCUUCCUCUGCAGUUGUCCAGGAGCCACAGGGCGAACCCGUACCAGAUGCCGCAUCUCAGAUGGAUAUGAACAACAAUGAAACAGAAAAUGACGGCAGUGAACACCUCAUUGAGGAAAUCAAGGAGUCCCUGCCGUCCAAUGUCUCUGAUGUCAACACGGAUGAGACACGCGGAAAGACAGUCAUCUCCGAGACAUUAAACCAAACUGACAGACGUGACCUCCCGACUCCUCAGCCGACCGAGGCCAACCGCGGGGGCGGCGGUUGGUGGUCCAGAAUCGGCCAUGCCGCUUGGGUUGUGUUCAGAUACAUUUUAGAGCAUCCAGAGCUUUUCUAAUUUUUUUACUUCUCUUUCCAUGAGAACAUUUUGCUUCCUUACCGCUCUGGGUGUUCAUCGAACAGUAUUUCAAACUUCGAAUUGUUUGUGGACAUGAUACACUUUAUUUGUUUUAUGAGCUUGAAAAAAAUC